AUGGCGACACCCGUAUUUUUAGUAAUUUUAGUAGUAAAAUUGGUGUGUGCAAAUGAUUUUGAACGCGAAGGGAGAGAAGGUUUUAUAGAUAGAUUGAGUGGAGGGAUGAAGUUUGCGUCUGAUUUUUUAGCUUCAGAAUCAGUGGCAUCAAAAGUAGCGGAAUUCGUGGUUCGGGCAUUCCAGACAGCCAAUACUGCAAACCAGCACCAACAUAUGCCAACACCAAACUCCCCAACUCAUCACCAACAUUCACCAACACCAAACAGACGACGACCAAUCUUCAGUGAAGCAUAUGAAGAUGCCAGCUCAGAGAACUUGGCGGAGGAAAAUAGACCGAAUAACAGUGUAAAUGAGGCUCCAAGUCCGAUGACACCGUUGAAGUAUUUGGUGAAGCUGAUUGGGUUGCAGCCCAAUCAAAUCAGCGCGGUGGCUGUAAACGCGCUUGUGUUUGUAGCGCAAAUGAUAUCAACCUUCCUGGCAGGCCCACCCCGGCCAUCAAAACCUUAUCGCACCGAAGAUCCAACAUCCUGGAUCCUCAACAAGAACUCCAGGAGCCUCCAAGACUUACUAGAAAGAGCUAAAAACGAAUCCAUUUUGCAUGACAUCGACGAAGCUAUCAAACAACAAGAUGAAGACACCAGUUGCAUCAGGCUUCUAGUUUGCAAGAUAACACCAUUUGUACAUAAGAUGCAAGAUGCGGUUUUUGACAAGGACAAUAUUACUGAUAAUUUGAAAGGGUUACGUGGAGCUGACAUAAUGUACCGCCACCUGCCGACAGCGGAGGAAAUUAGAGAAAGUGGGGACACAUGCGAACAGAAACAUAAAGAUUGUGAUCUGUCUGAAUGA